UGCGCACACGCGCCUCCACAUCCCUAGAGCCUUCAGUUCGGGGUUUGUGUGUUGAACAAAAUAAAAUAUAUACCGCCAACGUGACUGAAAUAUGGCUGUUCAUCGAAAUGGGACAUAAAAUACGGCUUAAAGGGGAGAUUCGGAUUCGUGAGACAAACGUCCCACCGCUUUUUUGUUUGUCAUUGUGUGGUGGUGGUGGUAGAUGGUAUCCAGCGAGCUGUAUCUGGCAGAGGAAGACGACGACUUGGCGAGUAAUAUGAAGGAGAUGAUCGGAGGCUGCUGUGUUUGCUCGGAUGAGAGAGGCUGGGCCGAAAACCCUCUAGUCUACUGCGACGGUCACGGCUGUAAUGUUGCCGUCCACCAAGCCUGCUAUGGAAUCGUCCAGGUCCCCACAGGCCCCUGGUUCUGCAGGAAAUGUGAAUCACAGGAACGAGCUGCCAGGGUGAGAUGUGAGCUGUGUCCCCACAAAGAUGGAGCCCUGAAGCGAACAGACAAUGGAGGUUGGGCCCAUGUGGUUUGUGCACUUUACAUCCCAGAGGUGGAGUUCGCCAAUGUAUCUACCAUGGAGCCCAUCGUGCUUCAGUCUGUCCCCCACGAACGUUAUAACAAGACGUGCUACAUCUGUGAGGAACAAGGCCGUGAGAGUAAAGCUGCGAGUGGAGCCUGCAUGACAUGCAACAAACAUGGUUGCCGACAGGCAUUUCAUGUCACAUGCGCACAGUUUGCUGGGUUGCUGUGUGAAGAACAGGGUUCAGAUGCUGAUAAUGUGAAAUACUGUGGAUACUGCAAGUACCAUUACAGCAAACUGAGAAGGAGCAAAGGCCGCGGUAGUAGGGCUCAAAGCUUAAGUGAUUCUUCCACUCACUCUUUGGAUAAGCACCAUGACAAGGAAAAGAAGAAACAUAAAGAGAGAGAUCGGCAUAAACCUAAGCACAAAAAGCCUUUGGAAAUCUCACCCUCCCUGGUACCAGCACUGAUGGUGACCUCCGAGAAGAGCUACAACAGCAGCAGUGGAGGAAGUGUCUCCUCUCAGAAGCGGCUGGAUGACAGCGGAGGCCGCUUCACCAAUGCUAACUUCCAGGAAGUUCCGUCUCACUCCAGUUCCAAGGAUGGUGGCUCAUCGGAUGGCAAGAGCUCUGAGGGCAAGAGCAAGAAGCCCACUAGUCACAGCAUCAGCUCAAGCUCUGUGUCAAGGGGCCGCAAGUCCACAAUGGGCAAACCCCACGGCCCUGUGGUUACCACGGCGACUUCUUCCACGGCCCCCUCCUCAUCCAGUCUGUUUCAGCAAAGUCUUUUAUUAGGUAGCAACAGCAGUAAAUCUGCCACUAGUGGAUCUGUAGUCCAGCCCACCUCUGAUUUCCUCAGCUUCCCUGAGUCCAGUCUGAGGGCUAGUGACUCAUACACACCUCCUUCCUUUGGCCGCUGCCACAUGAAGGGUGGCGCAGAGGGUGGAGCCUCUGAGGGUAUGGUGGCUCUCAACACAUUCAGCAUGAUGUCGCUCCCGCAAAGCUCCAGCUCCAGUAAGCAUUACGAAAACUGUCACUCGUCCGGAAAACCUUGCAGCCUGGCCUCGGCCAGCUACAAACGCCCCCAGCCCUCCUCAUCCUCUUCCUCCGCAACAUCAUCCUCCUCUACUGGUGAAGAUGGAGUGAAGAAAAAAAAGCGAGGAAACUGGAGGAAUCGGUAUGGACCGUGCUUCAGCUCCCAGGACAGUAAGACCACAGAGGCGGGAGACAACGGAUCCGCACUGCCCUCCUCCACCUCCCCCUCACCAUCCUCCAUGAGCACUAUAGCCUGCCGUGGGAGUGCCGUCAGCAGUACUGGAUGUGUGGGAGCUGUUAGCACCAGUCUGGGGAUUCAAAGUUCCCCAUCUCUCCUCAGGAAUGGAAGCUUACAGAAUAUGACUGUCAGCUCCCCACCAGUCUCGUACCCCAGCAGUAGUGAUGUAGCCUGCCCGUUGCCCAGUUCGGUUCUUGGAGGGUCUCUGUCCGGAUCCAACUCUGAGUUCCCCACUCAUCAGGCAGUGGUCACUUCCAUGCCCAACCUCACCUCACUGCCCCCAACGGCCCCUUUCACCAGCACCUCAUCCACGCAUUCAAACUCACUACCGGGAAACUUUAACCUGGCACCAUCCCAUAUGUUUGGAAACCGACUGAACCCAAAUUCGGCCAUGGCUGCCCUGAUUGCCCAGUCUGAGAGCUCCCCAGCAGAUCAGGAGCUGGGAGACGGAGCUCUCGGUUUCUCCAGAAGAGGAAACUCACCAAAGGCAAACCUCUCCCCUCGGUCCCCAUUAAGUGGGCUGCACAUCCGAUAUGACUCUUCAGGACCGUUGGUUCCGGGGCUGGGCUCUGGUACGGAUACGCUGCCCCCUGUGGCCACCAGCAUCGACCAGCUGCUGGAAAGACAAUGGAACGAAGGACAGCAGUUCCUCCUCCAACAGGGUUCAGAGGGAGAUGUGCUGGGAAUGCUGAAAUCCCUGCACCAGCUCCAGGUGGAAAACCGGCGUCUUGAAGAGCAUAUCCGAACUCUCACCAUGAAAAAGGAACGCCUGCAGCUCUUGAGCGCUCAGCUCUCUGUGCCUUUCACCCCCACAAGCACUACUGCCACCACCGCCUCUUCUCCUAUGUACCCCAGCAACACUCAAACAGACAUGCUGCACAGCAAGAGCAAUCAGCUAGGCAGCAGUGUUUUAACAGAGUCCUCUCAACCCUUGCCCACUCAGGAUCCCCUGUCUGGUGGCCAUAGUAGUGGAAGUAGCACCUCCUCUCUCUCCACCCCUCCUCCUGCAGCACACAGUCCCCCUCAGCAGCAAGUAAAUGGAGUCGGCAUGGCCAGGGUGGCCAUCCAACCUGGCAAUGCCAACUCAUGCCUGCCUGGCAUCGCUGGGGUGACAGGUCUGAUGGGUGCUCUGCAGGGGAACCACCUGGCCAUGAGUGGUAUUGUGGGUGCCCUCAAUGGAGUGAUCCAGACCUCCCCCAACCUGGCCCAGAACAGCAGCCCCCUGCCCCAUCCCUCUGCAGUUACCAGCAGUUCUCUGCCCAUGUUCAACAGCCUCAAUAGCAGUGCAGCAAGGCUUCUCACUGAACAACACAGACAGAUCCUCCUCCAACAGCAUCAACUACAGCAGCUUUUCAACUCCCAGCAUCCCACAUCAGAGCGGGUAAAUCUGAAAUCAAAGAAAAAUAAACAGGAACAGUUAAUGCAGCAACAACAACAACAGAAUGACAUACGUUUGCAACAGCUGCCCAUCAACAGCCUCUUGCCCAGCAACCAACCAACCAUCACCACCAACCCCUUCCUCGCCAUGCACAAUGACAAUAGUGCUCCCAAAACUGGAAGGCUGGGGGAGAAGGCUGUGCCUGUCACAGGACAGGAGAAGACUUGAUGCAGAAAAACAAUUUGGAGUUCUGCCUUAUGGAGUUUCUCAUGUUUACCCACCCCUAGAGGCUGACUAUCUGCGCAUCAAAACCAGAAUAUUCCCCCACUGUACGAAACCAGCACCAGCCUUGAUAUGUAAACACACACACACACACACACACACAUACUUGCCAGUUUGAUGCCCAUCUGGCAAAAAAACAUGUUGCACUGAUUUCGAGUAAAUCGCUUGCUGUAAACUUAAGGGUCCCAUGGGGGCCAAAAGAGAGGCUUACACAGACACGCAUAUGUGCACACACACAGUUUCUCUCACCUUGCCAGUUCUGAAAAUGACACACUGGUGCAAGUCGCUAUGAGAGGACAUUGUAGACUGAGGUCUUGGAUGGGGACUGAAUCUUCUCAUACUCGUCACUGUUACCUCUCUGUACCCCUUUAACAGAAACGUGUAACAAUAAUCUCAAUAAAACCCUGUCGUAUUUGUUUGUCUGUGUAUAUAAAGGUGUCAAAUGUUUCAAAGCUGAAGUGAUCAGACAUUUGUGCACCAUGAAGGCCUUCUCUGCAUCCUGAUCUUGAGCUUCCCCAGCGAGGAGGCAUUCCAAAGGUCCACAGACUGUCUCGCUGACCCUGCUGCACUCUUCGAAGAACAACUACCUCUCAAGCCAGGACAAAUAGACCAGGCCCUGAACCCAAGUGCCUGGCUCCAUUCUCCAAGCUCUCAGUGCGGGCUGUGUGCUGGAGAUGCUGCCUGUCUCUCCCUUUUGUCUUUUCUUUUUUUUUCUCCUCCAAUUUAUCUGUUUUGUCAAAUGAGUUCGUAAUACCAAUCAGCGUCGCUCAGGCAAUACCUAGUUCAGAGUUACAGAGAGCUCUGCCUGUACAGUGACUACACUGAAAACUGAUUUCGAAUGUUUGUGCUGCAUUGAUAAUUUUUGAAGCCAACUUUAUAUUCUUUUUUAUUUAUUUGCAUUCAUUGCAUGUUGGGCGCAAGGUAAUGUAUUUUAACACCCAACUCGUGAAAUGUUUUUAUACUACUGUACAAAAUUCUCAACUCUUAAGACUUGUAAACAUUUUGAUGAAAAUGUCUGGUUUUUAAAGUUUUGACGUUUUGAAUAAGAAAAAAGCCUACUUGACAAUGAAAUUUCUUGGUCCUGUAAAUAUGUCUGGUUUUUUUUUCCUUUGUCGUUAUGUAAAGCAGAUGCAUAUUGGAUAAAGAAUAAGCUGUCAGAAUAAAUAAGAUUUAGUUAGCACAGUUUUACCUCUUUUUGUUGUUGUAAAUAAAUAUUUGUGAUUCACUUAGUGGUGUGAAGGACUGUUUAAAAAGCACUGUCAUUGUGUUCAGAUGUUUUCCAAAAGGCUUUUCCACAAGACUUAAUUUAUUUUUGUAUGUGCAGGGACUUCUUUUUUUUCUCACUGGUUUAUUAAUGUGGUUUUAUACUCCAUUAUAGAUGUGGUACGUCCACGUUCUCGUGUAUCUGUACAGUCAGAAAUUAUGCAAAAUAUCUAAAGUUUGUAUUUAAAACAAAAGUGAAACCACACAAAUCCUGCUUCUGAACACUGAGAUUGUAGUGUUGCGCUUUUUUCAGUGAUAAAUUAAAAUUUGUUUAU